AUGUCCAAACCUCUUCACUCCUGCCAACAUCGGCCAUCCCUCAAGGAGGAGCAAGAGGUGGCUGUGCUGGGGGCACCCCACAACCCUGCUCCCCCGAUGUCCACCGUGAUCCACAUCCACAGUGAGAACUCCGUGCCCGACCAUGUCGUCUGGUCCCUGUUCAACACCCACUUCAUGAACUCCUGCUGCCUGGGCUUCAUAGCAUUGGCCUACUCCGUGAAGUCUAGGGACAAGAAGAUGGCUGGCAACCUGAUCAGGGCCCAGGCCUAUGCCUUCACUGCCAAGUGCCUGAACAUCUGGGCCCUGAUUGUGCACAUCAUUAUGACCAUUCUGCUCAGCAUCAUCCCAGUGUUGAUCUUUCAAGUCUAUCAACAGAUCAGGAGGCAUCAUCUAGGCCAGGAGCUCUGCCCAUGAUCUGAUUCCCAUGUACUCCAUCCACCCUC